CCACAUCGGAGAUUACUGGAGAUUUUGAAUUCUCAGCAGCAUUUUGUUUUUCGGAGCGAAAUCUCAAGAACAAGAAUCACCGCUUUUAGGAUAUGCCGGUUGAGGCUUGACGUAGCUAGCUACAGAUAUUGAAGCAGUAUGAGCUGGGUAGUGGAGGAGUGGAAAGAUGGUCUUUCAGGUAAAGCCCUGCAGAAGAUACAAGAGAUUGAGGGACAGCUGGACAAGCUGAAGAAGGAGAGGAAUCAGAAACAGUUCCAGCUCGACUCACUGGAGGCUGCUCUACAAAAACAGAAACAAAAGGUUGACAGUGAGAAGAGUGAGGCGUCUGCCAUUAAGAGGGAGAACCAGGCCUUAGUAGAGUCAUGUGACGCCGUGGAGAAGGCCCGUCAGAAGGCGACCCAUGACCUGGGGGUCAAAGUGCAACAGGUCAGCAACCUGGAGGGUCAGCUCAGCACCAGCAAGAAGACCAUAGAACGACUGGAGCAGGAACUCAAGAAAUAUAAGAAUGAAAAGGACCGUUCUCAGCCCUCCCACUCCUCUGAUCUACAGUCCUACAGCACUCCUCAGAAGACCUUUGCCACUCCUGCUGCUACUCCCAGCUACAGACAGCAUGACUCCAGGCUGGAGGACCUUCAGGAGAGAUACAACCAGGAGGUGGAAGAGAGGAAGAGACUGGAAGCCGAACUGAAAAUCACACAGGUCAAACUGUUGAACCAGUCGUCCGUCAGUCAUAAGGACAUUGCCACCCGGCAACAAGCAGGCUCCUCCAUAUUCCCAUGGCAACAGCAAGACAAGGGCCGCCAGUCCCAGGGCACCAUUGAAACACCCCUGGCUAGGCGGGCAGGGGGCGGGACAUCCGCUGGCGGCUUCCUGUGGAACACGGAGGAUACACCAAUCAAAUCCACCCAGCGAAUCAGCACAUCUGUAUCCCAGUUUGAUUCUGAUGGCUCCUCCCAGCAGAUGGAACAGCUGAGGAUGCUGAAUCAAGAGCUGAAGAGUAAAGUGUCUGAGCUGGAGCAGCAUCUGCAGUCACAGGAGAAGGACGCGAGGAUGCAGAGCGGCAGGCUCCAGGAGCUCCAAGGCCAGCUGGACCAGGCUAGGAGAGACCUGACUGACAGAGACAAGACCCUGGGCAAGAGCAGAGAUGAACUAAGCAAGGCUACCACUCAGCACGAACAAGCUGUCGCCAAGUGUGUGUCAAUGGAGCAGAAAUUGAAACAGGUCUCUGAAGAGAUGUCCUGCCAGAGGCACAACGCUGAGAGCUGCAGACGAGCUCUGGAACAGAAGGUCAAGGACCAGGAGAAGGAGAGCCAGAAGGAGCUGUCCCACCUCCAGAGCAGCCACCACUCCCUAGAGCAGCAGUUUAACCAGACCAAGACCAAGCUGAACCAGGAGAUACAGCAAGCCAAGAAAGACCACAACAUACUGCAGGCUGAGAUGGACAAGGUGUCAUGCCAGAGGAGCCAGCUGGAGAGAGACCAGGAGGAGCAGAAACAGAAGCUGCUGAGGUCAGAACAGAGCCAACAGGCCAGCCAAAACAAGGAGCAGGACCUCAGGAAGAAAUUUGAGGAGCUGCAGAGAGAGAAGAACACUGUGAGCGCCCAGCUGGACCAGGGUAGCAAGAGGCUCUCUCAGCUGGAGGAGGAGAAGAAGAGCGCCGAGCAGAACCUCAAACGCACCCAGAGCAUGCUGGAUGACUUCAGAGCCAAAAAUGAAGCCCAGUCCGAAGAGCUGAAAGGACUUGUCACUAAACUGGAAAGCCAGACCAGAUCAUCAGCCCAAGAUCUAGAGAACCUAAAGAAAACGCUCACAGACGCAGAGACCAAGAAUGACAAGACUCAGAGUGAACUGAAUACCCAAAAACAGGAAGUGGAACAGAUCACAAACAAACACAGCGCUCUGGAGAAGGAGAUCCAGGAACUGAAGACAACCCUGACCACCACUCAGGGCGAGUUUGUGCAGCUGAAGAAAGAGAACGAGACACUUCAGGGAUGGAAAACGGAGAAGGAGACGCUCGUUAACGAGACUGAGGCUGUGCAGCAAGGCUUAGUCGACAAAAUCACUGAGCUGGAGAAGAGUCUGGGCUCGUUGAAUGACGAUAAAAUAGGUCUACAGGAGCAACUGAAUACUCUGGAGGCUGAGAAGGCUUGUCUAUCAGGGCAGAUCGACUCCCUGAAGGGAGAACUCCUCAACAAGUGUACCGACCUGGAGGAGAAGGGCCGCAUGUACGAAGAGCUCCAGAAACAGCUGGAGGAGUCUGACCAGAAACACUUAAAAAACCUGGAAACCGUUGGGUUGCAGAUGACCCAGCUUGAGGGACAAGUGAAGGAUCUGGUGUCCAGGCUGCAGGUGGAGACUGGCAGGGCGGAGCGGGCCGAAAUGUUUCACACUGAGCUCCAGGAGCAGUACCAGGCGGCCUGCGACCUGGCCCGGUCCAAAGAUGCUCUGGUGGAGUUAGGCCAGAGCGAUGUAGCCCAGCUCAGGGAGAGUCUGGCUCAGACCACGGCCCUACAGGAGGAACAACUGGCCAGAUUUACCCAGGAGAAGACCUCCCUCCUGAAGGAGUGUGAGGAAAGCGUAGCAUCGAAGGCAGACGAGGUUGAGCACGCCAAGCUGAGUCUGGUUAAGAUUCAGCAGGAGCUGCCGUUCCUCCAGGACCAGGUGUCUUCACUGGAGUCCAACCUGAAGAUCCAGAAAAGUUUGGGUGUUAAACUACAGGCCAAGUAUGACAACAUUGUCAAUACUAAAGAGGAUCUUGUGGAGAAGCUUUCCGAGGCAGAAAAGAGAGGGGAAAGUCUUCAGGGUGAAGUCAAUAGCCUCUCAGAGCGGGCGAAGACUGUUGGCUCUCUACAGGAGCGCUGUGAUACUCUGACGGCUGCGGCACAGGAGUCCAUAAGCGCUCUGCAGAACAUGACCGAGACCCUGACCCAGACUGAAACAGAGCUGCACAUACUGAGAGACGUGGUUGAAAAACUAGAGGCUCAGGUAAACGAAGCUGAGACCAAGGCCUCAGAUCUUGAGAGGGAAAAGGCAGAGAUGGCAGAGAAAGUAGAGAAAAUCCAGAGGGAAGCUGAAGAGGUUUCUGUGAAGUAUCAAAGCCUUCAGGACUCCCAGGAAGAGGAGAGGAAUGGUUUGCUGAAGCAGAUCUCUACAUUGAAGGACAUACUCACUGAGAAUAAUGCUGCUUCCACCCAGCUGUCUUCUGACCUGAAUAACUCCCUGGAAGCUCUGCAGAAGACACACUCUGCUGCCGUGGAGCUCAACUCCAACCUGGAGAGCAGCCUGGUGGAGAAAACAAACCUAAUCUCUUCUCAGGAGAUGCAAGUCAAAGAGCUCUCAGAGAGACUCCAUAAGGAAGCCGAGAUCCAUGUCACAGAGCUGGAGACUUACCUCCAGAAACAAAGAGGCCUGAAGGAGCAGCUUGAGAUUGUAAAGAGCCAGCUGGAGAGUAAAAGCCAGGAGGGAGCCGAGGCUAAGGAGAAGUGGGAGACGGCCUCACUAGAGCUGUCUAAGCUGAGAGAAGAUUUGUCUUCUGCCAGAAACAGUGUCGAUGAGAAAGGCCGUAAGAUCAAGAGCCUGAAAGAGAGGUUGAACCAGGCUGAGUCUGAACAAGACAAAGCUACCGACGCCCUGAAAGAGAAGGUCAUCAGCAUGAACAAGAUCAAGGUCCAGCUGGAGAUGCUUCAGAUGGACCUGGAGGACAACGAGGCCUGCAUGAACACCUUUGACACCCAGAUAGAGGAGCUUAAAGGAACUGUGGAGGAACUCAGAGGAACCGUGGCCUCUCUGAACGGGAGACUGGAGGAGAGCGUGACGCAAAGGUCCACCUUGGAGACCGAGCUGGGCUCUGUGAAAGAGCAGCUGUCAGAGAAGAGCUGUGAAGUCACCCAGGUGACAGCAACUCUUGAAGACACUCGCCAGCAGAUGCAGGCUGCCUUGUCCACAGCAGGUUUAGUGGAAUCACUCCAGACCACUGUUGAUGGGCUGAUGGAGACCCUGGAGGAGGAGGUUAGAAAACACAGCCAACUGGAGAUGGACAUCAUUCAGCUCACUGAGGAGAAGGAGCAGUUGACUGUGGAGAAGGAGCAGUUGACUGUGAAGAAGGAGCAGUUGACUGUGGAGAAGGAGCAGUUGACUGUGGAGAAGGAGCAGUUGACUGUGGAGAAGGAGCAGUUGACUGUGGAGAAGGAGCAGUUGACUGUGGAGAAGGAGCAGUUGACUGUGGAGAAGGAGCAGUUGACUGUGGAGAAGGAGCAGUUGACUGUGGAGAAGGAGCAGUUGACUGUGGAGAAGGAGCAGCUGACUGUGGAGAAGGAGCAGCUGACUGUGGAGAAGGAGCAGCUGACUGUGGAGAAGGAGCAGCUGACUGUGGAGAAGGAGCAGCUGACUGUGGAGAAGGAGCAGCUGACUGUGGAGAAGGAGCAGCUGACUGUGGAGAAGGAGCAGCUGACUGUGGAGAAGGAGCAGCUGACUGUGGAGAAGGAGCAGCUGACUGUGGAGAAGGAGCAGCUGACUGUGGAGAAGGAGCAGCUGACUGUGGAGAAGGAGCAGCUGACUGUGGAGAAGGAGCAGCUGACUGUGGAGAAGGAGCAGCUGACUGUGGAGAAGGAGCAGCUGACUGUGGAGAAGGAGCAGCUGACUGUGGAGAAGGAGCAGCUGACUGUGGAGAAGGAGCAGCUGACUGUGGAGAAGGAGCAGCUGACUGUGGAGAAGGAGCAGCUGACUGUGGAGAAGGAGCAGCUGACUGUGGAGAAGGAGCAGCUGACUGUGGAGAAGGAGCAGCUGACUGUGGAGAAGGAGCAGCUGACUGUGGAGAAGGAGCAGCUGACUGUGGAGAAGGAGCAGCUGACUGUGGAGAAGGAGCAGCUGACCGUGGAGAAGGAGCAGCUGACCGUGGAGAAGGAGCAGCUGACCGUGGAGAAGGAGCAGCUGACCGUGGAGAAGGAGCAACUUGAGGCUGACUUGCAGAGGCACAGUCUGAACGCUGGGGAUGAGAGAGACGCGGUCAAACAGGAGAACGAGUGUCUCCAGCGUACGCUACAGAGCCUGACGGAGAACUACGAGGCUGUUCAGUCUGCGUUUGAGAGAGCGACCCGACAGAGCGAGGACGAAACCAGAGAGAGGAUCGGAACGUUUGAGAGGGAACAAACCGAGCUCCAGCAGAGACUGAGCGGACUGCAGGGUGAACUAGCCCUGUUCAAGGAGCACUAUGACAGCCUGAUGACUCAGGCAAGCCAGCAGCAGUCUCUCAUAGAGCAGCUACAGACCAAGAGAGACCAGAAGGUCUCUGCAGGAGAGGCGGACGGACCGACUUCCAGACAGACGUCAGGCUCCUUCUUCAACGUCAGCUUCCCCUUAAAAGAAGAUACCAUGGAGAUGAAACCCACAGCUGAGCAAUCAGAUGACCUCCACAACUCUGAGGUACCUCAACAGACAGGAAGUGACGGCAACAAUGAGACAGCUGAAGAGUUCAGUGACUGCAUGGAUAAAGUCCCUGUAGAGCAGCAGAAAGCGCUCAGUAAAAGCCUAGAUGAUGAUGAUGUGACCCUCGGCGGUGAACAUCACCAGGACCAGUUGGCCCAGAGCAGGGAGGCGGUCAGAAAGCUAGAGGAGGAGCUACAGACCCGUCUCUCCCAGCUUGACCUCGCUACCUCUGAGAUGACCCUCAGGAAGGAGCUGUGCUCUGAGCUGGAGGUCAAAGUUGAAGAGUUAGAGGUGAAGGUCCAACAGAUGGAGAAAGAGAUGUGUGGUGCCACGGAGAAGAUUAGCGCUGCCGUAGUGGAGAGACGGACGCUAGGUGACCAGAUCUCAGAGUUGACAGAGGAGGCAGAGUCCCUGAGACUGGCGCUGCAGACCUCUAAAUGUCAGCUCUCUGAUGUCAUGGAGAUGCUAGAGACGCUGGAGAUGGCCAAAGGUGGUUGGAGCGAGAGGUUCUUCCAGGUGGAAAGCGAACUGAAGAGGGUUCGUUCUGAGAAGGACAAUCUAGAGAAACACAUCCUCUCCAUGGAGGCUGAUUUGGAGUGCCUGACCGAGCAGAAAGUCACGCUGGAGAGGGAGAUGGAGGCUAGCCGCAAAGCUAAAUGUGACCUGGCCCAGCAGCUGGCCACCCUCACCUCAGAGAACGGACAACUCAGACAAGAGAUGGUGUCCUGCAGCGAGGAUAGGAAUGAGCUGGAACAGUCAGUGGCACAGUGGAGGGAUAAGGCAGAGAGUCUGGAGAAGACAAACGUGGAUACUAGAGAGGUUAUUAAGAUCUUAGAGGAAGAUAUCAGAAAUGGGAAGACGGAAUCUGAUGUGACGUCUGCUAACCUGGAGAGUCUGCAGAUGGAGAGAGGUCAGCUGGUGCUGCAGUGUCAGGCGCUAGAGAAGACCAUCACCCUGCAGAGCGGGGAGAAGGACAACCUGAUUAACCAACUGAACAGCUUCAAAGAUGACCAGAGCUCUGCGAGCAAAAACACUGAGUCCAUGGCCUCUAAGAUCCAGUCUCUGGAAGGGGAGAUAUCUAGACUAGCCCAGUCUCUGGAGUCUUCUCUGCUAGAGAAAGGAGAGAUAGCCUCACGCCUCAACUCAACCCAGGAGGAGGUGGCCCAAAUGAGGUCGGGCAUCGAGAGGCUCCGGGUCCGCAUAGAGUCCGACGAGAGAAAGAAAAAACACAUGAGCGAACUGCUGAAGGCUGCCCAGAGGAAAGCAGAUGCUCUUCAGGACCAGCUAGACAAACGGGAGAGGGAGAGGGAAGACGCUGACCAAAACCUAGAGGAGGCUGUGCUUCAGGCCGAGACCGCCACGGCCCAACUUGAAGAGUUGGAGGAAGAGAAGAAGGAACUGGCCAGUAAGAUUGAGGAGAUGACCGCCGAACUGGACAGCCUGAGAAAUGAGAAGGAGAGGCUUGAGGAAUUGCUCUCUCUGAAGAACGCAGAGAUUGAGGAGAUGAAGGCAGCAAACCGAGCUGCCACUGAGGAACUGGAGAAGGGAAUGAGAGAGGCGGAGGACAAACAGAGGGCAAUGGUGGAAGAGUUACAGGCCCAGCUUGGCUCUAUGAGCUCUGAGCUGCAGAAAUGCAGAGAAGGCCUGGAGGGGGAGAAGGAGAGAAUGCGGUCUCUAACAGAGGAAUGGAAGACUGAGGGGGAGAGGCUGAAGAAAGAGGUGGAUCGACUGCAGGCUUUGGAGAUCGAGCGGGAGAAGGAGAGAGAGAUGCUGACUCUGAGACUGCAGGAGGACCUGGAGGCACAGCAGAGAGAGAUGGGGGACAUCCGAGAGAACAACAACACCCUGCAGCAAGAGAUGGAGAAGCUGCAGGCACUACUGUCUGAGCGGGAGCAGAAAGAACAGGCUCAGUGUGCAGAGAGACUAGAACUACAGCAGCAGUCAGAAAGCUACAAGUUAUCCCUGGAGGAGGUUACCUCGGAGAAGGAGGUGCUGAAGGCACAGCAGGAGGAGGAGGUUGCAGCCCUUAGGGGUGAGCUGACCUCGGAGCAGGAGGUGCUGAGGGGACAGUUGGCUGCAGCGGAGGAGGAGAUCAGAGGUCAUCUGUCAGAGCUGAGCAGUCUGAGAACCAGAAUGGAGGAGCUCAGCACUACCAUCACACAGCAGGACAGCAGCAAACAGGUAUCGGAGCUGAGCUCCAGAGUGGCCCGUCUGUCUAAGGAGAGGGACUCAGCCCUAGGUAAGGUUAACCUGUGGAUGAACUCCUGUAAACAGCUGGAGAAGGAGAGGGAGGCUCUUGUACUGGAGACCCAGAAACUACAGGCCAGCCAGACACCAGCUGGUGAAGAGAGCAGUGAUGAGGUACAGAAGAGGAGCUCUGAGGAGGUGCAGGCUGAACUCAAAGAGUUGAAGAAAGCUCUAGAGGAGAGGAGUGAGGAGGUGCAGGAGCUCAGCAAGACUCUAGCAGAGAGAAGCAGGGAGUUGGAGGCGCAGAAGAGGAGCAGUGAGUCUGAACUGGAGGAGCUAACUGAAGCCUUGGAGGAGAGGAGCAGGGAGGUGGACGAGAGCAUGGAUAAAUACUGCAGCCUGAUGGUCCGUGUCCACAAGCUGGAGGAGACCAACGACACGCUGGAAACACGCCUGGAGCGCCUUGUCACGCAGACCACUAGCAGCACGGCUAACAACGCUAGCAACACGGCUAACAAUGCUAGCAAUAAAACACCCAGGCGAAAGUCAGGCAGGAGGUCAGCCUCCAGGGCACAGGAAGCACUCAUACCGUUGGGUCCCACAGAGACAGACUCUGAGAACACGGUGCCUGCUGGUCAGGGUCAGGGGUCGUUGGGGAAGAGGGGUUGUGGUGUUCUAGCAGCUAGUGACAACAGCAACACUCCAUUUAAAGCCCAGGAGGCCCUGCUGAACACUGCCAAGAGGAUCAAAGCAACAGCAACCACGCCCAAACCAGGAAGUAGACAGGAAGAGGAGGAGUUUAGGCCAGAGGGACUUCCUGAGCUGGUGCAGAGAGGGUUUGCUGAUAUCCCUCUAGGAGAGGCCAGUCCCUUCAUCAUGAGGAGAACCGCAGUGCAGCGCUGUAGCCCUCGCCUGGCCGCCGCACGACACACUGCCACCACCCCCUCUGUAACCCCCCAACACAAGGUGCUGGAGCCCCUGUCUCUUCAGAGCCCUGUCGGCAUGGCAACUCUGUCUGACAGCCCUGGUGGGAAAGGCCUGUGUGUUAGUCCCGCCUCCAGUGGCGAGGAGAGGCGUGGCCGUCGGUCCCUGAGCACACGGAAGACUCCGGAACAGAGGGAGAAACGCAAAGAGGCCAUGAUGACAGCAUCACGCCAAGAGGAGAACUGCCAAGUGCAGUAACAUAGCAACUAACUAACCUGUACAAAGCCAGUAACACCCCAGCCCAAACCAAUGUGAGGACAGAAUACUGGUGUCAGAAUGUCUGUAAACUGCAUUACUAAUGUAAUUCAUCUGUCUGCUGUCUGUGGUACAGGUGAAACGCGAUUCUCCAAUGUAAGCUGUAGAUAUUAAAUGUUUUUGUGUUUUUGCUCUGAACCUGUUUUAUACUUUCUAUUCCUCCUGAUUUACUACUACUGUUAAUAGCACAACAAUAAACUUUUUUUUUUUUUAAAUUUUAUCUGUUAUUAGGGCUGGUUUUCCAGACCCAAAUGAAUCCUACUGGACUAGAAAGCAUGCUCGAUGGAGAAUCUCCAUACCAUUGGAACUUAAUGUGUGUCUGUAGAAACUAUCCCAUAAAGUCGUAUAAGAUAACUCCAAUACCUAGUUCUGUAGCUUUACGGGUCUUUUCUGUGUCAAUAACUAAUAAUUCCACUUCACUCCAGCUCAUUGGUUGUUCAUAAUGAUAUAACUGCUGUUUUACUAAACAUUGUGAUCACA